GAUGUAAACAGAACGAUAUGUAAAUCGUUCUGAUGAGGAUUAUCGUAGGGUGAAUUGAAAUGUACACGCUGCUACACGGUCUGUACAAGUAUCUGGUGCAAAAGGACGAGUAUUUCAUACUGAUAUUGGGACUCGACAAUGCGGGAAAGACGACUUAUUUGGAAGCGGCGAAAACAAAAUUCACGAAGAACUACAAGGGAAUGAAUCCCAGCAAAAUCACAACGACCGUCGGCUUGAAUAUCGGCAAGAUCGACAUCGCUGGCGUUUCCUUCAACUUCUGGGAUCUCGGUGGCCAGGAGGAACUCCAAUCUUUGUGGGAUAAAUAUUACGCAGAGUCUCAUGCUGUGAUUUAUAUCGUCGACUCGUCUGAUCGUGAUAGAAUAUCAGAUUCCAAAGAAACUUUUGAUAAAGUGAUAUCAUCUGAGCACUUAACAGGUGUACCUUUAUUGGUAUUGGCAAACAAGCAGGAUGUACCUGAUUGCAUGGGUGUUAGGGAAGUGAAGCCAAUAUUCAAUCAAAGCGCACACUUAAUUGGUAGAAGAGAUUGCAUGGUGAUGCCUGUAUCAGCUCUAAAUGGUGAUGGUGUAGAUGAAGGUAUACAUUGGUUGGUGGACUGUGUCAAGAGGAAUAAUGAUGUACGACCACCUCGCAAUCAGAAUGACAGCUGUUUAUCUUAAUCAGAACAUUCCUGCUCUAUGAUAAUUGUGUAAAACGAGACAUUAUAAUGCCAAUGCACUGUACAUAUUUAUACUGCACGUGUGUGGAUGGUGUUUUCAUAAAUAAACAGAUUUUUUCUAAUACAUA